GGAGAGAAGGGUUAGAUUGAUCACGGAGGAGGUGUUUCAUCUCGUUCCGCACGACAUCGUGGGCCGAAGGGCCCGUCCUGUGCCGUACUGUUUUAUGUUCUAAUUCAGGCACCCAAAUUAUUAAAAUACAACGCGAAAAACAGCGGACCCAACACCUUCCCCAGCGGAACCACCAGAAAAGGCCCACUUUAUUCCCACUCUUCGCCUUCCGCCAGUCGUUGAAUGGCAGAGCAGACCCCUUGCUCCUGCUUUAUAUUCCUAAGGAAGUCCCACAACUUGAAUUUUCAUUUAACAAUUAGGUAACAAAAGCUGAAUGCAGUACUUGAGGUGCGUUCCGACCAAGGCGCUGCCGACCGGGCGGGGACGCCGUCCAGACAAGGCGCCGCGCGGGUUGGCCGUUGGAGUUUAAGAGUCAGGACGCGCAGGCGCGGCCUGCGAACGUCGGCAGCAUGGAGUCGCUGGUGUCCGAGCUCUACGCAAUUCAGGCUGUGAAGUUCGGCAGCUUCAAGCUAAAGAGCGGGAUAUUGUCGCCUGUUUACUUCGAUCUGAGGGUCAUUGUGUCCUAUCCGGCUCUUAUGAACCAGAUUUCUGAUCUCUUGUGGCAAACUGCAAACAGUGCUGGAAUCAAAUACAGUUCUAUUUGUGGGGUUCCAUACACUGCCUUACCUCUUGCGACCGUUAUCUGUUCGACCAAAGGAAUCCCCAUGCUUAUUCGUCGAAAGGAGGCAAAGGAUUAUGGUACAAAACGUAUGGUGGAAGGUACUAUUAUCCCAGAAGAAACCUGCCUUAUUAUUGAGGAUGUUGUCACAAGUGGUUCCAGUGUCUUAGAAACUGCACAAAUUCUUCGUAAGGAAGGAUUAAAAGUCACUGAUGCAGUGGUGUUAUUGGACCGAGAACAAGGAGGAAGAGCCAGGUUAGAGAAGGAAGGGAUACGUUUACAUUCUGUCUGUUCCUUAUCCAGAUUAUUAGAAAUUUUACACAACCAAGACAAACUUGACUUUGACACGGUAGAAAAUGUCAAGACAUUCAUAAAAACAAAUGCUUGUUCACCAGUGAAAGAAAUAGUAAAUGGUUCGACAAAAAACCUCAACAACCAGUCUAAUGUCAAAAGACACUUUAAAGAAAUCAGUUAUGGUGCUCGUGCCCAGCUUCCUGAUAUUCAUCCAAUCACAGCACAACUUUUUAAAAUAAUGGAAAAGAAACAAACAAAUUUGUGUCUGGCUGCUGAUGUUACCAACUCCAAAGAGUUGCUUCAGCUGGCUGAUUCACUUGGUAGUGAGAUCUGCAUAUUGAAAACACAUGUUGAUAUUUUGAAUGACUUUAAUGAAGAUGUGUUCAAAGAGCUAAAAGCCAUUGCCAACAUGCAUGAAUUUUUGAUAUUCGAAGACCGAAAAUUUGCAGAUAUUGGAAACACUGUUAAACACCAGUAUGAAGGUGGAGUAUACAAAAUUGCUCAGUGGUCUGACUUUGUGAAUGCUCAUGUGGUUCCUGGCCCUGGAGUAGUAAAAGGACUAAAAGAAGUUGGGUUACCUCUGAAACGAGGUUGUUUGCUGAUUGCAGAAAUGAGCUCUGAAGGUUCCCUAGCUACAGGGGACUACACCAAAGCAGCUGUAAAACUAGCUGAAGAACAUACUGACUUUGUAAUUGGGUUUGUAUCCAGCUCAAACAUCAGUGGCAGAUCAGAGUUUAUACAUAUGACCCCAGGAGUCCAGAUGCAGAUUGGAGUGGAUAAUCUGGGCCAACAGUAUCUGAAUCCCGAAGAAGUGAUUAAUAAAAGAGCAUCUGAUGUCAUCAUUGUGGGCCGAGGGAUCCUCUGUGCAAAGGAUCGUGUGGAAGCUGCAAGAAUAUAUAAAAAAGCUGGAUGGGAAGCCUACCUGAAUAGAUUGAUGUCCAUUAAGAAUUGAAAGUUUGAUCAAAAAUACAAGUAACUAAAUUUGAUCACAAAAUCGGUUGAAAAUCAGUUCUCUUUUUCCUUGCUUUUCAUACAAUUAUUGGAUGUACAUUUAAAUAAAAACUCAGUGAUAUUAAGAAA